CAAAGUCAGCACAGGCAGGCAGGAAACGGGCCGUCAGUAGAACCCACACCAGGAACGUGGCUCUCCCCAUCGCGGUGCUGGAGCCGGACGUAUCCACACUGACUGAGCGUGGAGACAGAAGCUGAGCCCACACCUGCUUCUUUUGCAGGCAGGGCCUUUCAUAGCAAUAUCCUACUACUGAGCACAGCCAAGAUGCUCCAGAAGCCGGGAUGCAGCCAAUGGUCCCCGGAGAACAGAGACGAGCCCCCGGACAGAACAUGUCACCUCUAUGACGGUUACAUAGAGACGAGAGAGGAGAUCUACGAGCCUGCAGACGGCGAGAGAGGAAACACAGCUGAUGGUCUGCCGAGCCAGAACCGGCCUUGGAGCCACAGACGGUGGCUUCCUGUGGACCGGGCUCGACGGAUGGAGGAGGUUUGGAUGCAGCUGCUACUUCACGUCCUCUGAGGCUAAGACGUGGUCUGAAGGCAGGAGAGAGUGUACGGAAGGGAAAGGAUCAGACCUGGUGGUGAUCAACAGCAGAGAGGAGCAGGACUUUGUCUCUGGGCUGAUGGAACAUGACGAGUUCUGGAUCGGACUGAGGACGACUGGGAACAAACCCGUCUUCAAAUGGGAGUGGGUGGAUGAGUCACCGCUGACAGAAACGUUCUGGGCGGGUCUGUCCGUCCCACCCACAGAACUCUACGUGGCAGCCUACUCUGACCGACAGGGGAAGCUCACGCAGAGUAAAUAUGAUGGUGGUGGUGCUAAACGGUUCAUCUGUGAGAAGUAGCUCUGACAAUAAACUCUGACUCAGA